CGGGGUCAGGCGGGCGCAGCGGACACCCCGGCCGGCAGCUAUGCUGUGCGGAGCGGGCCCGCCAUGGCAGGCGGGCGGCGGGGAGAGGCGCUGGUCGGUGCCGGGCUGGCCGCGCUGCUCUGCGCCCUCCAUGUGCAGGCCGCUUGUCCAGAUGCCACUGUCACGCAGGAGCUGCUGAAAGACGGGUUUCACAGGGACCUGCUGGUGACGGUAGAACUCGGUGCAGCGGGGGAGGACGCAGGAGGAUGCGUGGUGGCGGCGAGAAUUCGGCUUCCACCAGGAAUCUACGUGGAUCCCUACGAGCUGGCGUCGCUGCAACAGCACAACGUAACAAAGGCGGUGUUAAUUCCUGAUGCUGUCGAUGUGGAGGCUCCUGAGUACUUGGCCGCGGAUCUUCUUGUUCUGCUGUACAUGGAACCCGACCCGCGGUGCUCUUGCUGUUUUCGAGCUGCCUUGCCCGUGCAUGGGCGCUACCACCGGCCAGCAGAUGGGAGCGAGGAAGCGUUGGUUGUUCUGAAGAGCCCCCAAGUCCUGCUCUGCUGCUGCCACAAUCACUUUGCAGAGUGCAGGAAGCCGGCUGAAGUGGAAGCUCCUUGUUUGGGCAAAAACGUCGGGCCCUGUCGGUGGCACAGCCUAACACACAAACCCGCACAUGAGGAAUUGAUUCUGCAGGUUCCCGUGGGGCUCAGACAACACAGUUCGUUGGUGUGUGUGGUGACACUUCUCAGCACAGCGCUCUGUGCCACGCUGAUUCUCACAGCCGUCUGCAAAUACGGACACUUCUAGACAAAUACAGCAUGACUGACAGCAAAACUCACUGGAUAUUACAUCAGCUUCCUAAAUUCAUCCUAUUUUACCAUUAUUUAUAUCUUGUUAAUGCACGAGGGUCCCAUAAUGGGUUAGAAUUCCCUUGGCCUAAUUUUUACAAACACUUUUCACCCAUGGAGGACUGUUUGGGUGCAUUUUAAGCGGCCAAAGCAGAUGGAGAGUAAGAAAAGCGCUACAAAAAGCUGGAAGAGCUGCCGCAGGCUCGGUUCCGAUUCCAUCCCCCUGGCCCAGAACUUGUUUCCUCCUCUUGCAGAGGUAUUUGUAUUUAUUGAAUUUAAACCAGCAAACUCAGGGAUUGGUUAUUACGGGUAUGAAAAGCAUUAUCUGACAUUAAAGUUUCUGAAUUUGGUUAUGUGUGAA